AUGUCUUUUCCAGACCAAGCCACCGAGCAGAGCAAGUUCCGGAUUCAAUUACCGGCAGAACUCUACCUCGAGAUAGCACAAUGGCUUGGCGAGUUUCAGCCCGAGAUAAAGAGGCAAGAGUUUGUAUUACCGAGAUACGGCUUACUCAAAGACAACGACAGCGACGUCAAGAAUGACAUUGUCAGAGACUUCAGGGAUGUAAGAGUUCGACGCAACAUCAUAUCGGCCGCCAAGGGAAUGCAUCCCACAAUGGCCAUGCUCAACGCGGGUAUGGUCAACAAGUACUACCACAAAAUGAUCAACGACAUUGCUCUCCGGUGGGACGCCCAGAGCGAAAACCCCAGGGCCGUCUACCACGCCGCAGUGCACAACCACGUUGAUCUCCUCCGCCAGGCCCUUGAGAAGCCCGGAGCUAAACCGGACUACGUCCCACGGGGCCUAUUACAGUCUUUGUGGACACCACUUAUGGUGGCUGCCUCUCAAGGCAAUGCUCAAGUCGUGGACCUGCUUCUGCACCACGGGGCUAAUCCAGCACUCAGCUUUGCCGACCGUCAUCCCCCGUGGUGGAAUCCGCGUCCAUUUGCUGCAAACUCAGAGUCAGGCAUGUGCUUGUAUGAGUUUAAAAGAGACCUUUUUCGGCAACCCUCGCCCCUCCAUGCCGCCAUGCUAGCUCCCAAGAAUGCAUUGACCAUUUCCAAAACUAUUCUCAGGUCUCUCCCACCACGCUUCUUGACCAAGAUUACUGACCCGCAUGAACUCUUCCUUGCUAUUGCUGUUGCUCAAGACCAUGUCGAUUUGGUGGAUAUGUUAAUCAAUCGAGGCGCAGACUUUCAUCACGGAGGCAUAACUAGCUUCCGUAUGAAUACUCCGGUACUUCAUCACGCUGUUUCCGGCGAUAUGGUCCGCAGGCUGACCCUAGCAGGCGCGCCGCUACAUAUACCUGUCGAGUUCGGCAUCAAUGCUCUACAUGCUGUCUGUCUCCGUCAGACAGAUUGCUCUUCUGCAAUAAGGGAGCUUGUCCGACAGGGCGUCAAGCUCGAAGAUACCACGGCUAGCAUAGACCUUCGACAACCUCUCAUUCCCGAACACGGACCUCGCCGGAAGAUCCCCCAGACAGCUCUCAAUCUCGCAUGUAGGCAGCUCAACGUUGCUCACAUCCGAACGCUGCUCGAGUUGGGCGCUCACCCGCUUGGGGCCUGUCUGGGAGAGAAACCUAGAAAGAAGAUGAAGGGCAGUAAGUUCGUGAGGGACAGCGAGCUCUUCAAGGUGACACCCCUUCACGAUUUGUUUCUACCAGAUUACCAUGCCCUGGAAGCACAUCAAAAGAGCAAUGAGGAAAUAGCAUGCGCCAUAAAAGCGGCUUUCAAUCUAAUAAUGAGCCACCCUCUGGCUGCCGAAGCAGUAUCGUCUUACGGGAACUAUGCUCUCGGGUGCCCAAGCAGCAACCUCAUGGCCAGGAUUUUAAGAUCCUUUUGGAUGGAUGGCUACAUUUAUUACACAAGGGAUUUUGGUAGGUACACCCCGCUCCAGUUGUUCUUCGUCCACCCGUUCUCGGACGACCCCGAGAUUCCACAGGCCAUGUUCGACUUGGUACAAGAUGGUAGGGAUCAGAUCAACACCGUUAUAAAGCCGCUCUACAUCACGCCGCUCCUGGCUCUCCUCGGUCACCGCUUCGACCAUUCUCUCGGCGACGCAAACUUUUACCGGCCAAAACUGCUCAAGUGGCUCCUGGAACACGGUGCAGACCCGAACUUAUGCGACAGGGAAGGCUUCUCGCCCCUCCACUAUGCAGUGUUUUGGCUCGAUGCUCCGGCCGUCGAGCUUCUCCUCUUACACGGCGCUCGGGUCAAGCGUGAGGAUGAACUUCAGGUCAUGGACGUCCUAUUCGGCGGUGUCUUCACCAGGGAGCAUCACAAAGAAGCGAAAAGAGAUCGCCCCUCCCGGAGAAGCGAGUGGACGCAGAUGGUGAAGCAAAUCGAAAUACAUGCGUGGUCGAUGCAACGCGUCGGCAGCAACAUUGAGCGCUGGCAGCCCGGCACGCCGCUGCCCGCAUGUACGCUCUUCAACUUCGAGAGUAACUUUACAUUUGACAUGUAUAAAGAGGUGGCUUUGCCUUCAGAGCUCGUGACGCGGUGGGGAGGGUUGCGUGAGGCUCUGAGGGGGGAUGCCGACGAGCGUAGGAAGCGGAUCUUUGCGGCGCUGCUGCCAACGCCAAACGUGCUGCCGUUUUUGAAACCGAGGGGGAUCAUGGAACGUGAUGGUGAGGUGAACCUUGGCGAGCAUGGGUCUGAUCCCGAGACGAUUCGGUACAGCGUUCUGGAUUGGGCGAUGGCGACGGCCCAGGAUGAUUGGUUUCUGGAUAGGAUCAAGCGGCUUGGGGGGGAGACUGGAGAUAUACGUCCCGAGACGUGGCUGAAGACAUAUGAUCCGUAG